AUGAGUCUCCUCAAUCUACCAUCUGAGCUUUUGCUCAUGAUUGCGGAUCGCUCCGAUUCCCAGAGUGAUAUCAACUGUCUUGUGAGGGUCAAUCGACACCUGUGGGAGGUCGUGAACCUGCACCUCUAUCAAUGCAAUAUCGCUCACUGUGAAGGCGAAGGUCUCAACUGGGCCGCUGCGAAUGACCUGCCAAACUCGGCGCGAUAUUUCAUCCAUGCUGGUAUCUGCCAUAAGAUUGAGCACUGGGAUCGCAUGCCUCUCAUUCUUGCAUCCCAGCUCGGAAAGGUGCCCGUCCUAAGCACCCUUCUCAAGGCAGGUGCUUCACCAAACUUCCACCAACAAGAGCGACUCGGAGACACCAGCCCGGCAAGCCUGGGGAAACGUUUUCAAAGGGAGAUUAUCGCCCUGUCUCCUGCAAGUCCACUGUCACUUGCCUCCGCAGGGGGGUUUGAGCUCGCAGUAAAGCUCUUGAUACGGCACGGAGCCGACGUCAAUUACAAGAUUGAGGGUGAAUUCUUAACACCUCUUCAUAUGGCAGCUCGUUAUGGACACGACUCAAUAAUCAGCCUCCUCCUUUGCCACGGGGCGGAUACUGAAGCCACCUCCAACUACUCAAGGCGGCCUCUUGACUGCGCCUUUCACAGCGGGCAGAUCAAUGCUUUUCGGCUUUUGAUUCCCAAAAGUGCCAGGCUGCAGUCUUCAGACCUGUUCAAUUUACUUCCUUACUGGGAAUUUUUAGCGGCUGUCAUGGAAACAGACACCGAAUCAACGAUCAACGUCAAUUACCAAAUCGACGACAAACCUAUCCUUCACAUUGCCGCUACCCAGGGCCUUCGAGAGUCUGCCAACAUCCUCAUCCAGAGAGGGGCAGAUAUUGAGGCUGAAGACUACAAGGGGAUGACUUCUCUGCACAGUAGCGUUUCUCGUGGCCAGAAGAAUGUGGUUGACCUGUUACUGGAGCUCGGCGCAGACUUCACGAAGAGGGACCAGAAGGGCAAUACGCCAUUGCAUCAUGUUGCUGACAAUCAUCGCAUGUGUGACUCAUCAAAGAAAGCCAUCGCCACAGCUCUCAUCCAGAGAGGUGCUGAUAUUGAAGCUCGUAACAACUAUCGUGAGACACCGCUUUGUCACGCUGUGAGGAAUAGAUCUGAGGCCAUUACCAAGCUACUGAUUGAGAAUGAAGCUGAUAUCGAGCCUCGCAACAGACGUGGAGAAACGCCAUUCAUCUGCGCCGUAAGAAAACAGACACCGAACGUUACUCGAUUGUUGAUUGAAAAGGGUUGCGAUACCAAAGUGAAGAAUAACAAGGGUCGGACUGCUAUGGAUAUUGCCAGCCGCCAAACGAACAUUUCCAUGCUUCGGCUCUUGCUCACUAAUGCAAAUGCAAAUGCACGGUUCUCAAGUGGACAGCGGGCUUGA